AUGACUCGCGUAGGUUUGAUUGCUUGUUAUGCCGGCGUGCUCGCAAGUGUGGCCACACCGAAGCUCUCAUCAGCGCUUUCCCUUCGCUCUGCCACAGAAAGCUCUCAAGAGAGCCGUGAUGGCUUUGCACUAUUUAUUUCGAUUGAACAGACGGCGCCCAAAGCCGACGACAAAACUGAUGAGUGCCUGACAAUCAUAAACACCAUGAGGACGGGAGCUGUCAAAGGCCUGUUAGAAGCCCUAACCAAGGCACAAGACAACGAGGUGACAGAAAGUUUGAAAAAGUUAAAAAAGGAGGGUGAGGAGAAUACCACUGCUAAAACGAUUGCAGCAAAGCUUGCGGGCACGGAUGCAACUACGUGUGACUCGGCAGCAAGCGCAAACGCAGAAACGUAUCCCGGGCUCGUGAUCCCAUUUGCAUAUGACACGAAAUUCGAUUGCAACGCUUUGAUCGAGGAGACUUACACAGCUGGGCUUAGCCACCUCAAGGAAUCUCGCUUCGACCCGUCGACAGGCAAAUAUGAUAUUAAUGAAGUUCCCUUUAAUAAUGUGGCGGCCAGCAAUGUUGCGUUUUUGAUGUCAAGCAAGAGCACAAAGGUUUCAUGCGCCGCCACCAAAGACUGCACAGGAGGCCACAACAUUUUAUUCUGCUACUUCGUAGAGCCACUCCAAAAUGGGGAAGCGCCUUUCACAACUGAGCUUUACAAUGCUCUCUGGGAAACGGAGACAGGCGCAGCGUCAAUCUCGGUUCCCAGCGCUGCUACAGGUCUGUUGUCGCUCGCCUUGAUUCUUCUGACUUAA